AUGGCGAGAGCCAAGAUGAAGCACUCGUUAUCAGAGAUCAGCACCACUUCCAAAAUCGUUCCACCAAUUACAAGAGAGGAUCUCAAUGGGAUCAGCCCGCUUUUACCAACACGGAUCAUGGGUUCCUUAGGAAGCGAUGCAGGACAAAGGAGAUAUACAGAAGAUUUCAGCCUGAAUCGGUCCUAUUCACAGGUACAAGUGGAGUUUUAUGUGAAUGAAAACACCUUCAAAGAGCGACUUAAAUUGUUCUUCAUCAAAAACCAAAGAUCAAGUCUCCGAAUACGGAUAUUCAACUUUAGCCUAAAAGUCCUCUCCUGCCUCUUGUAUAUAGUAAGGGUGUUGCUAGAUCAUCCAACAACGGGUAUUGGAUGUUUGGAAUGUCCUAAACUGAACUACUCUCGGUCACCUGGUGAGAUUAACUGGGAAGUAAUCUUGUGGGUGGAAAGAGAUCAGUCACUGUGGGCUAUCCAGGUUAUAGUAGCCAUAAUCAGCUUUCUGGAAACCAUGCUUUUAAUCUAUCUCAGCUAUAAGGGCAAUAUUUGGGAACAGAUCAUUCGCAUUUCUUUCAUCUUAGAAAUGAUGAACACGGUACCAUUUAUUAUCACUAUAUUCUGGCCUCCCCUUCGGAAUUUGUUCAUUCCAGUGUUCCUGAACUGCUGGUUGGCAAAAUGUGUUUUGGAGAACAUGAUUAAUGACUUUCAUCGAGCUAUCCAGAGAACGCAGUCUGCCAUGUUUAAUCAGGUGAUCAUUCUCAUCUGCACCCUUCUGUGCCUUGUAUUCACAGGAACAUGCGGUAUUCAGCACCUGGAGCGAUCCGGGGAUAAUCUCACACUCUUCAAGGCGUUUUAUUUCUGCAUUGUUACCUUUUCUACUGUGGGAUAUGGGGACGUGACCCCUAAAAUUUGGCCUUCCCAGCUCUUGGUGGUGAUAAUGAUAUGCGUGGCCCUUGUUGUUUUACCUCUACAGUUUGAGGAGCUAGUUUACCUGUGGAUGGAGCGCCAGAAAUCAGGAGGGAAUUAUAGCCGCCAUCGAGCGCAGACUGAGAAGCACGUUGUACUUUGUGUCAGUUCCCUGAAAAUUGAUCUUCUCAUGGAUUUCCUCAAUGAGUUUUAUGCACACCCAAGGCUACAGGAUUACUAUGUGGUGAUUCUGUGUCCUACGGAAAUGGACAUCCAAGUGCGUCGCGUAUUACAGAUUCCGCUAUGGUCCCAGAGAGUCAUUUAUCUUCAAGGUUCUGCCCUGAAAGACCAGGACCUCAUGAGGGCAAAAAUGGAUGACGCAGAAGCCUGCUUUAUAUUGAGCAGUCGUAAUGAGGUGGACCGUACUGCCGCAGAUCAUCAAACCAUCUUGAGAGCCUGGGCAGUGAAAGAUUUUGCCCCAAAUUGUCCUCUUUAUGUUCAGAUUUUGAAGCCUGAAAAUAAAUUCCAUGUGAAAUUUGCAGAUCAUGUGGUUUGUGAGGAGGAGUUUAAAUAUGCCAUGUUGGCAUUGAACUGUGUUUGUCCAGCGACUUCCACGCUGAUCACCUUGCUGGUCCACACAUCCAGAGGCCAGGAGGGGCAGCAAUCCCCAGAACAAUGGCAGAGGAUGUAUGGACGCUGUUCUGGGAAUGAAGUAUAUCAUAUCCGUAUGGGAGAGAGCAAAUUUUUCAAGGAAUACGAAGGAAAAAGUUUCACGUAUGCUGCGUUUCAUGCACACAAAAAAUAUGGGGUAUGUUUGAUUGGUGUGAAAAGAGAAGACAACAAAAGCAUCCUUUUAAACCCGGGGCCAAGACACAUCAUGGCAAUAUCUGACACGUGCUUCUAUAUUAACAUUACCAAAGAGGAAAACUCUGCUUUUAUCUUCAAACAAGAGGAGAAACAGAAAAAGAAAGGGAGAGGGUUGUUUGAUGGUCCGUCCAGACUUCCUGUACACAGCAUCAUCGCCAGUAUGGGUACAGUAGCAAUGGAUUUACAAAAUACAGAGUGUCGGCAGAUUAACAGCAGUAAUUUAACCCUUCCUGCCGAGAACGGUUCUGGAAAUAGGAGACCGAGCAUUGCACCAGUUUUGGAAAUUGCAGACAGUAGUACAGUAUUACCAUGUGACCUGCUCAGUGACCAAUCAGAAGAUGAGAUGACUCAAUCUGAUGAUGAAGGGUUGCCAGUAUUAGAGUACGUGAAAGGAUACCCCCCUAAUUCACCUUACAUCGGAAGUUCUCCAACACUGUGCCAUCUUCUGCCAUCUAAAGCUGCGUUUUGCUGCCUUCGCUUGGAUAAGGGUUGCAAGCACAACAGUUUUGAGGACGCAAAAGCGUAUGGGUUUAAGAACAAGUUGAUUAUCGUUUCAGCUGAGACUGCAGGCAAUGGACUUUAUAAUUUUAUUGUACCUCUGCGUGCGUACUACAGAUCAAGGAAAGAGCUGAACCCCAUUGUUUUACUCCUGGACAAUCCGCCAGAUAACCACUUCCUAGAAGCCAUCUGCUGUUUUCCUAUGGUGUAUUUCAUGGUCGGGACAAUAGAUAACCUUGAUAAUUUACUGCAGUGUGGAAUCAUCUACGCAGAUAACCUGGUUGUUGUAGAUAAGGAAAGCACAAUGAGUGCUGAAGAGGAUUAUAUGGCGGAUGCAAAGACUAUAGUCAAUGUACAAACUAUGUUCAGGUUGUUUCCAAGUCUCAGUAUUACAACAGAACUCACUCAUCCAUCCAACAUGCGUUUCAUGCAGUUCCGAGCCAAGGAUUGUUAUUCUCUUGCUCUUUCCAAGCUAGAAAAAAAAGAAAAAGAGAAUGGCUCUAACUUGGCUUUUAUGUUCCGUCUGCCCUUUGCGGCCGGAAGAGUGUUCAGCAUCAGUAUGUUGGAUACGUUGCUGUAUCAGUCAUUUGUAAAGGAUUACAUGAUUACAAUCACUAGGCUUCUUCUUGGGUUGGACACCACGCCAGGCUCCGGAUACCUAUGUGCUAUGAAGAUCACUGAAGACGAUCUGUGGAUUCGAACCUAUGGCCGGUUGUUUCAAAAACUGUGCUCAUCUAGCGCAGAAAUUCCUAUAGGGAUCUACAGAACUCAGUCACAUAUGUUUUCCACUUCUGAGUCUCAGAUCUCAAUUAAUGUUGAGGAAUGUGAGGAUACAAAAGAUGUGAAGGAACACUGGUCAGUGAAACACAAUCACAGAAACUCUACAUCCAGUGACCAGUCAGAACAUCCAUUACUGAGGCGGAAAAGCAUGCAGUGGGCUCGGCGCCUGAGCCGGAAAGGGAACAAACAGGCCGCAAAGACAGCAGAGUGGAUAAGUCAGCAGCGUCUAAAUUUGUACAGGAGGUCAGAGAGGCAGGAGCUCUCUGAAUUGGUGAAAAAUAGAAUGAAACACCUUGGUUUACCCACAACGGGGUAUGAUGAAAUGAAUGAUCAACAGAACACACUGUCAUAUGUCCUCAUUAAUCCACCUCCAGAUACAAGACUGGAACUCAACGAUAUUGUAUAUUUGAUCAGGUCCGAUCCCUUAGCUCAUGUUGUAAAUGACUCCCACAGCCGAAAAGGCAGCAACAGUUAUAAAACUGAAACAGUGUCAAAUCCAGAAACAAGAGAUGAAACACAACUAUGAGAGUCAACUGAACUAAAAGAAAUUGUGCCUAUUUACCAACCACAUCAACGUCUAGGAGACAAUGAACUUCUUUACUUUGUUAAUAUGAGAACAGGACUAUUAAUCAUUUGCUAUGUCGUCGUUGAAUCCUACUAAACAGCGGCAAGUAAUGUGAUGAAAGAGAACAAAGCAAUUGAAAACGUAUUAUUUAUCCGUUCACUGCCAGUACUAAGUACAAGAAACAUUUUCCUAGUCUA